CCCGCGUCAACAUUCCGCUACCCCGCACCACGCCCACCUCACCUCAGCUCCUGCCCAAACCUUCCCUGUCUUGAGAACAGCAUCGCCUCAACGAAGGCAGAAGGAUUAUCAGUCGUGUCCAAACGUUAUACCGUCUCUGACUUCCUUUUUCUCGUACUAUAAUACCGUUUUUUGGUGGAUUCGGAAAGUCUUUGCGGAUUCCGUUGAGCCCACUGCGAAGCGCGAGGCGCCUGGGCAUCACCACCAGCAAGAUGAUAUUAUCUAUUGUAUAUCUGGUCUUGCUAAUAGCAGGUGCUAACGGACUACAUUCUGGAGCGCUCCGUACCGUCUCCACCGAGCCUAAUGGGGGUGACCAGAGCUUGACCCCACUAAACAACCGCAAUGGCUGGGUCAAUCCCGAGGAUCUGCCUCCUAUGCCACAGUGCAUUGCCCAGCAAGAUCAGGGUGUCUGGCUGAGUACGAUGACCGGAUGCACCGCGAAACGAUGCACCAACCACUUUGGAAUCAUCUGCACCCACCAUCAAUGGCUGACCCAGCUCAGCUGUCUUAGCACCGCAUUUUCUCCAGAUGUCAUCCGGUCUUAUUACUCGUAUUGCGACAGAUCCAUACUCGCCAAAGCACAACUAUACCAAUGGGUUCGGGGCAUCACCGGUCGACCAUGGCUCGUUGAUGUUGGCGACACGAACGAGCUGCCGGAUCUGUCUCCAGCUUCCCUCACUCGGGGGUCCGCCGGCCUCGACGUGAUUGAUAAGGCACCAACCUGUCUGACCGGUUCGGGUUCUGCUUUAUCAAUGGAACCAUUUCAGCAUGUAAUAGCCUCCUGUGGUUUCACCAGUACUACCCGCCACACUGGAAAUGCUGCUCGGCCUUGGGAGUAUAAUGAGCACUUCCGGUCAAUGGUCGCUCUUGAUUCAGAAACCGCCAGUUACGAUUUUGUGCGGCGCUACAUCGCAGACGGUAACUAUUUUGAUAAGAAGUGCUUCUGCAGCUCCUUCACUCUCAAUCAUGCGGAUGAACCUUGUUCAGGAGGUGCAGCCCUGGAUCUCACAAAAGAGCGGUUAUGGAUCAAUGCCAUCUGUGGUUCGGCUUCCUUGCCUAAGAACUGGAAAGAUGGCCUCAAAACCACACAAUUUGCGUACAUUCCUGUCGAAGCUUGGCACUGGCCCAUGUGUUUUGCGGAUAUGCCGAAGCAGGUGAUUGAUCUUACUGAUCAGUGUGCGACCGAUGCCUGUGAGGUCGACUCGAGUGGUUACUGCGAUGUCAGACGUGCCGUGGACAGGGCCUGUUUCUGCAACAGUAUCAGCUACGAUUCGUGCAAGGGUUCCUGCCAAGUAUUCGAGAACCGGAUAGAUUAUGUUCAGUGGCUCCACAGUCUUUGCGGCAAAGUAGCGGACUGGCACGGUCUACCGGAAAAUUGGCGUAAACUAGCUGUCCCUAGCCCUACCGACAUGAUACCAUGGAAAUGGACAGUCCAGCCGUCCUACGAUUCCAAUAUUUCCAAUAUCGGGCAGUCGAAACUAUUAGAUCCACAGGAGGGUUGUCCCUGGAACGAGUGGACGCUGGGAAGCAUUGCGAUCGUCAACAUGGCUACCAUCCUCACAGCAAUGCUCGUCCGGAUAAGAGGCAAGAAUCGAACUAUAGCCGGCGACCUACGAACCUCCCAGCCGUGGUCCUGGUUCUCCAAGGGAGUGUUGAUUGCAGCUCUGCAACUCCUCGUCAAUGGGGUCAAUAGCCUGCUCGUUCAGAAUACCCCUGGUUAUGAAAACGUUCCCGCUAUUCAACUGAUGCUUCUCUGGUGCUCAUUGCCUCGUUUGCUUUGGCCCAUCAUUCUGCUACUUGGUCUCCAGCCGCUCGGCGCACGGGAAGUUUCCCCGGCCGCGUCUCUGUUCUUCGCAGAAACGAUCCUUCAAACUCUAUCAUCAUACUACAUACUCAUGACAGUCAAUUAUGGUCGGGAGCAUGGCUUCUACUUUGGCAGUCUACCUACCGAGAUGAUAGGGACGUACGCCACAGCCAUGUAUGCCGGCGCACUACUUUGGCUUGUUGUCGUUGGUCUGGCUCUCGUGCAAUCGAUGCGUGCUAUGCGGAGGAUGAACAAUCUGGCUAAUUCUGGCGGUGCCGACCCCUCAUGCUCCCAAACGUCCCAAGCCACAACAUCUCAGAUUGCAGAUGAAGUGGUGGCGCUCUUGCACGACCGCUGGACCAAGAUGGAGGGGGAUCUUCAACCAUUGGACACGCUCAGAGACUUUGAAGAAGCGCUCUUGGCAAGCAGCAGAAGGGGACAUACCAGCGCGUAUGGCACUUUCUCCAGCCAAAAGGACACUAGGUCAUCUCCGGAGGCAUUCCCGUACACGGGCACGGUUAUCACCAUGCUCCUUCUUUGGAUUGCACAAUGGCUCUUUUGGGGUGGAUUUCUUGGUCUCAGUGCGGAAGAGUUUUGUCCGCCUAGACUUGGGAUUCUCACGGCUUUUUGGCUUGCUUCCUCGAUGAUUGGUAUUGUUAUCAGUAGUCUCUAGUUACGUCCAGUGUAUUUCGGGGUUUUUAGUUGACAAGCACUAUUUCGGUGCUGAACAUCAUGGCUUGGGUUCCCUGGUUUAUUGUCCAUGAAGGUUCCAGGAUAGUGCCCCUUCUACAAGCACAUUGCUUUUUUUCCCUCGCGCCAAGAAGGACAUAUGACCCUAACUUUCGAGCAUGCUCACUCACAACACGCAACUGGCAGCGGUCCGUGUAACUCUGAGUAUAAGCCAACCACGCUGAAGCGUAUCAUCAAAAUCAAAGGACCCGUCUGGGGUGCUGUAGUAGUAAUGACCGUGCAACAGAACUUGAUACACCGCAGUAUUCUAGCAUAUAUCAGUGCGAUUCUUGCAAAACGGUUUCUGUG